AUGCAGUUAGCAGUUGUAGAAUCUUUCACAGGUAAUUCGAAGCUUUAGUUUUUUUUACAUAUAUUUUGUCACGGUAUUCUAAUACUUGAAACAAUUCAAACCAGUGAAUAGAUAAAUCUGUGGUUUAAUUUGGUUUAACUCAGCACUAGUGUAUAACAGAUGGUGGUCAACCUGCCUUUUCAUUAUAUGUAGUAGUCUUGUAUCUAUAGAAGAAAAUAAAGAAAUAUAGUUUACUCAAACCUACCAAUACCUGAUUAUUUUGUUUUAGGACCACAAAGAGAAGUUGUUUCAAUAUACAAUGAUGACUUCACCACCUCGUCAUCAAGACCUCAAUAUUUCAUCGAAGUUUAUCGCUGUGUUAAAGUUGAUGUGGGCGAAUGCCCAGCUAGUAGGGGACCUUCUGUGUACCCGGUUCCAGACAAAAUUGAAGAAAUUGAGAUAGUGGUUCCGGAUAUAACAAACAAUGAUCGGGAUUCUAGCGAUGAAAAGAAGUUUUAUAAAUAUGUGGUUUAUAAUCACACGUCUUGUAAAUGUGGGACAGCUAAGGACAGGAAGAGUAAACUGUAUAAAACCAUAACUGACGACGAAGGUUAGUCAAGCUUACAGUGAGUAAAUACCAUGCAUGCAAUUACCUAAAGAGUGAAACGAACAUGUUCCGUGAUUAUAAUAGUUUUAAUGUUAUAUAUAGUCAACGUAUAUCAUAAAAUAUAACCAGGGGAACACGGGAGCUCUUCCCUCAUCACUAAGUUAAAACUGCUAUACUGAAUAUCUAGGUUAGGCUAUUGUUACCCGCGGUGAUGCGGCUUGAAAAACUCGUAUGUAAAGCGCGUUUUCCACUGGACGAAUUUGUUCGCGCGAAGCGACUUUGUCGGCAUCAUUUUUGCUGACGUGAUGAGCAAUGUUGACAUAGGAUAAACCAGCUGCGCGUGAACAAAUGUGCCCGGUGGGAAAUGGGCUGUGCUUGGUUCGUUCCUGUAGAUGGAGGGAUUUUCUCCGGUAUCUUUUCCCCGGGUUUUCCUCACACCAAAAAGUAAAAAAUCCACCUUAGCUGCAUUUCAUGGCGACACCCGAGACGCAUUAAUCAACCUUCGACUCAUUGACGUUUCACGUAAUUCAGGUCUCAACUGCAAGGAAAGGUGAUUCAGUAUUACUCCGUAACUUUAAUCUCAAUGAAAUUUUCUUGCAGUGCCAGAAGUUUAUUUCAAUGCGAAGUACACGAAAAAUCCUGUCAAUCUGAUGCGUGUGUGUGACGUUUGCAACAGUACUCAACCAAGAUACAGUCUCGCCCCUGAGCAUGAAAACGCUGUCCCACAAUGUAAAUACCUGGCGUACCAACAGUGCUUGCCUGGCUGCGUAGUGGUAAAACAUAGCAGAUCAGAAGUUGUCAUUACCUAUACAUAUGCAGGGAAGUUUUUGAACGUUACAAAUGAUAUUUCCUGCAAGGCUUAUGAUGGAGAAAACGCUGAAGGACAACAACCCUCAAGCCCUACAACACAAGAUAAACUUUCAAAUACUGAAAACCUACAAGGAUCCUCAGAAGAUGCAAACCCGCAUGAUAAAGGUAUUAUGCACGAGUAUAUUAGAGUUGAGGAGUAUUAG